UUAGCAGUACUGAAUGAGAAACACAUGCAGCAUGAGGGAGUGAAGUUACUGAGCUUGUCUGAUUGUGGGGUUGUACAGAAAGAGAGAGGGAGAGCUGGAGGAUUAACACUACAGAUUGCACAAGAAAUCAAACAGGAAAAUUUCAUCCACCAAGAGGAUUUUUCAGUGAAUAUAUAUAAAAAGCUGCAGAGGUUUGGGACAAGAGGAGAUACAUCCAGCUCUGAGCAAGAAUUAGGGAGAACCCUUUUCCUUUGUUUUGUGUUUGUAUGAUUUACUCUGAAGGACAUGACUAGUGCAGUCUUUAGGAGAGGAUCCAGCAAAGAGGGUUUGAAAAACCUCUUGCGACUAACUGCACAGAGAAGUAUGGAAGACGAGGAGGAGAUAGCCCGUGAGCGCCGCCGUCGUGCACGUGAUGAGAGACGCUAUGAUCAAGAUGACAAUGGGUCCUUCACCAGCAGUACAUCAUCGACACCAGUGUUUGAGAGCCUCUCGACAACUGAGGAAAAUCAGUACAACAUCAACUAUAAAUCAACCAAUUCUGCCCUGGAUGAGGAUGAGGGCUUCAGUGAUUGGACUCAGAGGCGAGAGGAGCGUCGGCAGAAACGCAGAGAGGAGCUGAGCCAGAUAGAGAAAGACCAUGUUGAUGAAUCACAAACAGAUCGCGCUUACGCUCUGAGGGACAGAAAGGGGCUGGAGGAUCAAGACGGGCCGAGUGUUUGUAAACUGAAAAUGUGGCAGAUUGAGGAGGAGGAAAGAAAGAUGCACCAAAGGAAACAAAGAGAACAAGAGGAAGAGGAGGAAAAUCGUCAGCGGAGAGCUCGUGAAAGACAGCAACGAGAGAUGGAGGAGAUGGAAAGAGCUCAGAAAUACCUUGAUGAGAAAGAACGAUUUAAAUAUGCGAGAGAAGAGAAGGAGCGACUGAACCUGGACAGCAUGCAAAAGGAGAGACGAAAAUUAGAAGUUGAGAAGAGACCAAAAGAUAAUGAGAUGAAGAUGUCCCACACGACCAUGGCAUGGACUGAGCAUAGCUGUUAUGAGGAGGAAAAUAAUGACAUGAUACAAGACAAAAUGACUUCAUACCAUGGCUACAGAGCCACCAAGACAAUGCUGAGCGAGUUUCCUGAAACAGAUGAGGAUGGAGAGCUAACCCGCCUGGAAGCCGAACAGAAGCUGGAGCAGAUCCGUCGGAGUCUUGACGAGAAGGAGAACCUGGAGUAUGAGCGCCUGCGACAGCGGGGCCAUGAUGCUGAGCUGGAGCUGGAAGAACUGAAGAAGAGAAGGGAGGACCGGCGUAAGCUGCGGGAAGAAGAGGAGCAGCGGCGCCAACAACAGGAGCUGGAGGAGCAAGCCAGAGAGGAGGAAGAGAAAAGAAGAAUGAGAGAAGAGAGAGAAAAGCGAAGGAUGGAGGCAGCAGAGAAACGGCAGAAAGUCCUUAGUAUUUCAGGUAGUGAAAUGGAGGAUCCAUUCAUUCCCCUUAGUCCCAAGAGCCCAACAUUUAAGAAUGAGUAUGACGAGGGGAUGACGCCAGAAACAACUUGCUUGAUUAGUGAAAGAACAGAAUCGUUGAACCGCUCGCUGAAGAAGAGUAACAGCAUUAAAAAGUCCCAGCCCAUAACUAACAUAUCAAAGAUUGAUGAACGAUUGGAACAGUAUACCAGUGCCAUUGAGAGCACCACAAAAUCACUCAGACACACGUCAUUGGACAUGCCUAAUCUACCGGAGGAUGUUGCCACCAAAAAGAACCUAUGGGAAUCAGGCGAUGUUGCAAGCUAUUCAGUUGCCAAAGGGACACCAUGUAAGGAUACUGACGGACUGAAAGUGGGUGUCUGUGACCUCAUCAAUCAAUGGGUGAGCAAGAACCCGGAAUCCAAUACUAAGGCCAGCCCAUCCAAGCCAGCAGAAAUUAAGGUUGGGGAUGUGAGAAGCAAAAAGAAUAUUUGGGAGAACAAAGGUGAUUCCCAUUCUGUCACCAAGUCACGACACACUGGAAAGAAUCAUCCCUCUGGUACAAGAUACAAGUUUGUGGUUGUUGGUCAUGGAAUGUAUGAGAAGAUCCCCAUCACUGAUGAUGAGAAUGGUACCGAUCAAAAUAGUCAAUCAUCUGAAGUUGAACAUUUUAUUGAAGAACAUUGAAGAACUGGAGCCAAGAUAUGGACCGAAAGCUGUCAAGCUUAUUCAUUUUAUAUUUUUUUGUUUAUCUAUAAACCAAUUAUUCUUAUAUCAUUACUGUAUUCCUUUCUCUCUGAUACUGCAGUAGUUUAGUCAGUAUAUGUAUUUGAAGAAUAAAACACAUUCUCUGAAAGAUUGUACAAGACCAAUGUCAAAGACAGUCAGAAUAAUCCUAGUUCAAUAGACCCCUCUUAUUCUAAUUCAGUGCAAUUAAGGCUCCCUCUCUGAGAAACUAGGGGCAUUGUUUUCCUACAGAUAUCAGCCUCAGGUUAGUAUCUGUUUGUUAUUUGAUGGGAGGACACGAUAGGGAGGAUUGUUGUGUGGGUAAGAAAAUCUAACCAAUACAUCAGUUGCUGCCCUGCAACAUUAGAAUUCGAUAAAGACUCAAAAACUUUAAUGUUGUCAGGAGUACCAAUAAACAGUUGAGUUUGUUUUGACGUUAUGUUUAAAUGACUUUGUAUUGGAAACUUUUUAAACUGGCUUCAUAUGAGCCACAAUAUUAAUGCAAUGGAUGCAAAGCUUGAGUAGCUUGGAUUAGUUCCUUCUCACUUCCUUACUCUAAUGCAAAUUGGAUAAUUUCACACCCAACCAAGUUUGCAUCAGUACAAAUUGUCAAGGGCAACUGGUUUACCAGCAUCAGAAGAUCCAUGAAAGCAACAGCCUAACUUCAGUUCUCUGUAAUUCAUUACAUGAAAACCGUGGUUGAACAAUAAACAUUUACUAUAGUUCAGUGGUGCAGAGUAUUUUCCAAUUUGCAUAUUUUUUAGAUAAUUGUUUUACCAUAUUUGUUACCCUUUAACCUUUUUUUAAAAAUUGAUAUUAAGUAUAUUUAGCUUUUAGCAAAUGAUACUCCUGGGUCAUUACGGCACAGGAGGAGAUUAUUUACUGCGUUGAGUCUGUGCUGUGUGUAAUUUCCUGGAUAAAAUAGGAAAAAUCAAAUUGAAUGUAAGCAAAGCAAAAACAAAAUAACUAAAGCAAUAUUCGAAGUGCACAUUCAAAACAAGCAUGUGAAGUAUUUCUAAGAGAAUCAAAUAGGAAUGGUUCACACGAGUUCUAAUUAUCGACCCGAAUGAUCCCAAGAGGUUCCUGAGGUUGGUGAAAGGAUUUGGUCUAAUUUGGAAAAUACCGGAACAUGCUGUGAAAUAGGGCUGGCAUUUAAAAAUUUACAUUACCAGGGUGGAAUAAUAUGUACAUAUGGGAAAAAAGUAAAAAUUAUAAAUUCAUAUAAUAUUUACAAGAUCUGAUUCAUAGUUUUGGUCAUCUGUCUUUGGCAUUGUUUAAUUCUCCAUUUUUAAAAUAUCAAUUGUAUUUCAAUAAAUAGUACGCUGCACCAAUUAUAA